GGGAGGACUCGGAUGACUCGGACCCCACAAUCGCCAGACACGGCACCACCAAAGCGUCCAAUCAAAGUCCAUACUUUAAGAAUAAUUUGUUUCAGUUGAAGACCUAUCACGAGGUCAUCGACGAGAUCUUCUACAGUGUUAGACAUCUCGAGCCCUGGGAGAAGGGCUCCCGAAAGGUCGGCGGUCAGACCGGAAUGUGCGGUUCGGUGCGAGGGGUGGGCGCCGGCG